AAUGACAAUAAAGAGAAAAUGGAAACCGGUACAUAAACCUACCAGUUAACCGCAGCCGAGUUCAAAAUACUGAGGAUUUUGAGAAAACAGCGGUGGCAUUCGACGUGGGGAUUUUAACCCUCUUCCGAAAGCAGUGCUGAGCGGAAUAAGACCCCUGUGCGGCAGUGUAAAGAUGGAGUUGAGGGGAGUCUGUUGUGUGUUGUUGACCUGUCUAUUCUACACGUCCUCUGCUGACAAAGAUUUCUUCACUUCCAUCGGUCAGAUGACCGAUCUGCUGUACACAGAGAAGGACCUGGUCACCUCUCUGAAGGAUUACAUCAGAGCUGAGGAGGACAAACUAGAGCAGGUCAAAAAGUGGGCUGAGAAGCUGGAUGUGUUGUCGGCCACAGCUACUCAGGACCCAGAAGGCUUCCUGGGCCACCCGGUCAACGCCUUCAAGCUGAUGAAGAGGCUCAACACAGAGUGGGGAGAGCUGGAGAGCCUGGUUCUCAAGGACAUGUCUGAUGGGUUCAUCUCUAACCUGACCAUCCAGAGACAGUACUUCCCCAAUGAUGACGACCAGACGGGGGCAGCCAAGGCCCUGAUGAGGCUUCAAGACACCUACCGGCUGGACACGCACACCAUAUCCUCAGGAGAGCUUCCUGGAACCAAUAAGGAUGUCGCUAUGAGCCCUAUGACAGUGGAGGACUGCUUUGAGCUGGGGAAGAUCGCCUACUCUGAUGCCGACUACUACCACACAGAGCUCUGGAUGGAGCAGGCCCUGAAACAGCUGGACGGGGGAGAGGAGUCCACCGUGGACAUGGUAACCAUCCUGGACUACCUCAGCUACUCCAUCUACCAGCAGGGGGAGCUAGAGAGAGCCUUGGACUACACCAAGAGACUACUCAAAUUGGACUCUGCCCACCAGCGAGCCAACGGCAACCUGAAGUACUUUGAGUACCAGCUGGCCAAGCAGAACAAGGUGGAGGCGGAGGAGAGCCAGAAGGAGAAGGAGAAGAGAGAGAGGGAGAAGAGAGAGGCAUCUGACAAGAAGGGCAGACCUGCAGACUACCUGCCUGAGAGGAGGAAAUAUGAACAGCUGUGUCGCGGCGAAGGCAUCAAGAUGACCCCUCGUCGCCAGAGUCGUAUGUUCUGUCGUUACUCUGACAACAACCACCACCCCCUGUACGUGCUGGGUCCCGUCAAGCAGGAGGACGAGUGGGACCGCCCACGCAUCAUCCGUUACCACGACAUCCUCUCCAAUAGCGAGAUCGAGAAGGUUAAAGAGCUGGCCAAACCCAGGCUGCGCCGGGCCACCAUCUCCAACCCCAUUACUGGUGUGCUGGAGACCGCCCACUAUCGCAUCAGCAAGAGUGCAUGGCUAACCGCCUACGAAGAUCCAGUAGUGGACAAGAUAAACCAGCGCAUUGAGGACAUCACCGGCUUGAAUGUCAAGACUGCAGAGGAGCUACAGGUGGCAAAUUACGGCGUGGGCGGGCAAUACGAGCCCCACUUUGACUUUGGACGGAAAGAUGAACCGGAUGCAUUUAAGGAGCUGGGCACCGGGAACCGCAUCGCCACCUGGCUCAUUUACAUGAGUGACGUACCUUCAGGGGGAGCCACUGUCUUUACUGAUGUGGGAGCUGCAGUGUGGCCCAAAAAGGGAAGUGCAGUGUUCUGGUAUAACCUGUUUGCCAGUGGAGAGGGUGACUACAGCACGCGGCACGCAGCCUGCCCUGUCCUAGUGGGCAACAAGUGGGUGUCUAACAAGUGGAUGCACGAGCGAGGCCAGGAGUUCAGAAGACGUUGCACUCUGAACGAGUCAGAAUGAUCCAACGGAAUACGCUUUUCUCCUCUCAUCCCUCUUCCUGGACCCUCCUGACUCUCGGCUCUGUGGGCUGUGAAGUGCCCUCUGACCUCUCGUCCUCCUCUCCAAAACUCAGUGUUCACUGAGGCUCUGGCUGCUCAUGUGAUGUCACAUGUAUUUGUAGUUGAAGUGUGUGUGUGAGUGGUUCACCAGUGGGUCCGAAGCGCUUCGCUCCCAGUCUGUGCCUUCUGUCAUGGGUUUUGCACACUCCGACUGCACAGCUGUCUUAACCUGAGGAACUUUAUUUCAUUCUCACCCUUAACAGGGACUUUGAUACAAGAUAUUAAGUUAAUUAGAGCAAGCAACACAGCUGCUUAUCCCGUUCAACUUCCAACACAUUGUUUUGGUGUGCCCUACUCUUUUCCUCUACCUGAAACACUCCUUUUAACCACCACGCCAAUCCCUUCCUCCACUCCUUUUACCCACCACGCCAAUCCCUUCCUCCACUCCUUUUAACCACCACGCCAAUCCCUUCCUCCACUCCUUUUACCCACCACGCCAAUCCCUUCCUCCACUCCUUUUACCCACCACGCCAAUCCCUUCCUGCACUCCUUUUAACCACCACGCCAAUCCCUUCCUCCACUCCUUUUAACCAUCACGCCAAUCCCUUCCUCCACUCCUUUUAACCAUCACGCCAAUCCCUUCCUCCACUCCUUUUAACCACCAUGCCAAUCCCUUCCUCCACUCCUUUUAACCACCAUGCCAAUCCCUUCCUCCACUCCUUUUAACCAUCAUGCCAAUCCCUUCCUCCACUCCUUUUAACCACCAUGCCAAUCCCUUCCUCCACUCCUUUUAACCACCAUGCCAAUCCCUUCCUCCACUCAUUUUAAACAUCAUGCCAAUCCCUUCCUCCACUCCUUUUACCCACCACGCCAAUCCCUUCCUCCACUCAUUUUAAACAUCACGCCAAUCCCUUCCUCCACUCAUUUUAAACAUCACGCCAAUCCCUUCCUCCACUCCUUUUAACCAUCAUGCCAAUCCCUUCCUCCAUUCCUUUUAAACAUCACUCCAAUACCCACCCCCCACUGCUUCCCAGCACACAGAUGACUGAGACCAGUUAUAAAUGCACUGUCACUGUCCCCCUCUCCCUCCUUAAUAGGUCAUAAUCAGAUGACCCCACAUCAUAUCAGACCUUCAACUUCAAUGGGGGGACAUCCCAAUGAUCCUGUAAUCAGGGGUUGAUGUUGACCAGAGCCACAAAAUGGAUGUUCUAACAGGUGUCGGGUUGGACUGGGGCUAGAUAGAGGGCUCGUGGGAAGGAUGGAGGUUUAUUGGUUGGUUGCACUAUGACAAUCAGGGUUAGUUAUUAGGACGAUACUAUAUGCAGGCCAGGCUUCUAAAUUAUGACCGUUGUAGUUGUUUAUGCGCCUUAAAAUGUGGCAGUACUACCUGAGGUAUUCGAUAGGAAAGCAUCAAUGUGAGGGCAAAGACUUGUUCAAUGUUACCAUCAAAAGUACAGUAUGCACAGGGUCAGGGCUAUUAUCACACUUGGGGCAAUUUUCAUUGCCAUGUCUGCCAUGGGGCAAUAGCCCCGAGGUCAUUCACUCCAGGGCAAACAUUACUGCUGCACAGAUAAACACUGACAUUCAAGCCAAUGGUACACUGUCUGUGUCCCUCUGUUCCUCCCAUCUCUCCAACGCCUCGUUCUGCCUUGGUGAAAUACAGCAGUCUGUAAGUGCCGACUCAUCCGUUUUGUUACAGAAGCAAAGCUCCUACCUAAUCAUUCAUUGGUCUGAUAAUCAAAGGAUUUCAUCUCUGAAUGAAAGAUGGUGCUAAGAAUCAUUAGGAUUAUUAAUCCCAUGCAUCACUCCACAGUUUAAGCCUUUGCUGACCCUGGGAAAUCUGUUUAGAGAAUGUGGCUACAUACACUCCAAAGCAGAAGAGGCUGGUGGGAGGCGAUAGGAUGGCUCGUUACAAUGUCUGGAAUGGAAACACGUGGAGCCCAUCCUCCAAUAUCCUUCCACCUGCCUCCUCUGCUCCAAGGUGCAGUCCUUAUUUUAUUUGAAAUGUAAUAAUGGGAUGUGUGGCCAGAUGUUGUACAUGUGAGAUUCAUGUUUUCUAAAUAAAUAAGUGUUCACUGAA